UUUCGACGGUUCUCUCUCCGGGCAACAACUACACAGGAUCUGUGCCUAUUUAAGCUUCUUUCAGUAUGUCUUUAAAGCUCAUCACUCUGCUAUCGGUGGUCGUCGCUGUGGUCAGUUAUCCUGACGUCUACGAGCCAGUAUACAAGCCGGAGCCUCUGCCGUACUACUUCAACUACGACGUCCACGACGACUACAAGGGCGCUCACUACGGCAGGAACGAGAAGUCGGACGGGAAAGCUGUCUACGGAUCCUACACCGUCGCCCUCCCCGACGGUCGGAAACAGCUGGUUGAGUACACAGCUGACCACUACAAGGGCUUCGUGGCCAAGGUCAGCUAUUACGGAAAGGCCAAGCACCCCAAGUACUAUGGUCCUGCCAUCACCUUCAAGCACAAGGGUGACGGGUACCACUGAAUACAAUAGGGUAUAUUUACCUCAUUGCACAGUACCUGCUUUAGGGCGUA